AUGAAUGAUCAAGGCAACACGCAGUCGAAGGACCUGCCAAGUGCGCACUCGGACACUUCCGGCAGUCGAUCUACCGCUGAUGAAGACGCCAGAGGACUGACAGUUCGCAGCGCUCGUGGUUCCUGCCAGAAAACGGUCUUGUCGGACAAGGAGAUCGCUGACGAUGUGCUCGCCACGAUGCCGAAGCUCCAUGCAGCAGUGCGCAACAACGCGACUGGUGAUCGGUGGAAGCGCCGCAACGGGAAGGGCGGCGUGCGUCUAGCAGAAUUCAAGCCGAAUUAUUCGUCAACCGGCGCAGAAGAUGACCUCGAUAUUUUACACGCCGUAGCCGCGAAAACGGAGCUGAAGUGUCACUUGAACGAGGCCCUGAGUGUACUGCUGCAUCAAGACUCGGACAGCUAUGAUUCGACGAUGAAGAGUCUUUGUGGGAAACAGUUCAAGAGGGGCGAAGUUCUCUUCGAACAGCACAUGACGUUUGAUGCGGAGUCACAACGAAAAACUCGUGUUCCGCUGGAUGAUAAGGCGCCUCGGCAAGGAUUGAUCACUGUCACCUCGACAGCAAUCAAUCCUAGCGUCAGUUUGCAGCGACGACUGCAGUCCCGCCACAGUCGUACCCAGAAACUCGUAUUCUCGACCUGCACGCACCAAUAUCCAAGCAAGAAGCGGGCGCUGCAUUUGAUGAAGACGGUUCCUAAGGACGUCCACGACCAGGUUUUGACGACUGCUGAGUGCUCAGCAUUGCGUGGUGAGAUCGAUCACAUCGGCGUUGGCUUCGAUUUGCAGUUCACUUCAAGCGCUGGGGGCAGCAACCGCCAGCGCACGACCAUUUUCGCACAUGCAUACGCUUCUGAUCGAUCGCCGUCGACGUUUUCUACUAACUCACCCGAUGGUCCAGAAGUGGAGACUAACCCCAAAGCAGCGAAGUUGGCGCGUCGACGAGUGGCUGUAAUGAAUUCAGACUCACUAACCGUCAUGCGAACACUUACCGAGUCGCUGUCGAACUUUGAGCGCAUCAUUCGCCUCACCUUCCAUUUCUUUCGUCGUGACUUCUACUGCGAGCUUUGUGGGCACAUGGUGUGCGGAGACUGCUCUGCGGUUUACGAGGUGGAGGCGCGUAUUGGACAAAUUCGUAAAAGUCGCUGCUGUGGGCAAUGCGUCGCAAGAGUGGAUUCCUGCAAGUUUGACGACGACGACUUGCUGGCUGCGUUGGGCCCCGUUAUCGUUGAGACUGCUUCGGACGCGUGGUUGCCCACGGAAGGCUCGAUCUUGAGCUUACCUAGCGGGGAUGAAGAGGACGCGCCGCCCGAGUCCGACGAUAGCGACUUGAAUGCCCAGUUGUGCUCCAAAGACCCAGCGGUACGCACUCACGCCUUGGAAAUACUUGGCAACCUCGUGGCAAGUUCAGCCAACACUUCUGCUUCUUCAUCUCCCCCGUCAAAAUCUACUACAAGUGAAGAGGCUAAAGAUCUCCAGGAAAGCAGGACAAAACGGGAGAAAUCGCAAGUGCAGCGCGUCCUGGCGAGUGUGGAGGGCCACAUAAACGAAGAGCUCCUAAAAUCUCGGGCCAAAGUAAACGCUGGAACGUGCGAUGUGAACGACCAUACGAGAGACUAUAAGUACGAGUUCGACUCGACCAAGGUCUCAAACGAAGACAUCCCGUUAGCGCCCGUGCCCGAGGCACAGAAAGAAGCACGCCGUGUCGACUUUGUUAAAAGUUGCGGUGCGCUACAGCCAGAAUACGAUCGAUCCGCGCUAAAUCUCAUCGCGGAGGUAGCAGCGAAGCGCCUCGGAUGCCCGAUCGGUCUCGUGUCCAUGAUCGAUGACGAGCAAUUCCACGCUAUCGGCCGCUACAAUAUCCCCGUCGAGGCGCAUCACCUACCGCGGAACGAAGUCUUGUGCAUGCAUGCCGUGUACGCCGAGAAGCCUUUCGUGAUCAAAAACUGCCAGCGCGACAUGCGCGUCUCGAAAUUCCCUCUUGUAAAUGACUAUGGUCUCAAAUUCUACGCCGGGUUCCCGCUCCGAGCCCCCAAUGGCGACGUCGUCGGCAACUUGUGCGCCAUUGAUGCUGUCGCACACAACAACAUUUCAACCAAAGAUUACUCCACCAUGGAGACACUAGCCAAACUCGCGUCAGACCUUCUGGCGCCUCCAACGGGUAGAGGAGCAUAA